ACGGUGUAGCGCGGGGAAUUUCGAGUAGAGGAGCUGCGUGGCGGGCCGGUAGCUGGCGGUCUCAUCAGGUGCGGCCAUGGAGGUCCUGGCCGAGCCGCGAUGGCCUCCGGGGUUGGCGGUGAUGAAGACAAUAGAUGACUUGCUGCGCUGUGGGAUUUGCUUUGAGUAUUUCAACAUUGCAGUGAUAAUCCCCCAGUGCUCUCACAACUAUUGUUCACUCUGUAUAAGAAAGUUUUUAUCCUAUAAAACUCAGUGCCCAACUUGUUGCGUGGCAGUAACGGAGCCAGACCUGAGAAAUAAUCGCCUCUUAGAUGAACUGGUAAAAAGCAUGAAUUUUGCACGGACUCACCUGUUGCAGUUUGCUUUAGAGUCACCACCCAUAUCUCCUGUGUCUUCCACCUCAAAGAAGGUUGUUGUUAAAGUGCAUAAUGCUGACGCCGCCCAACACCCUGUCAAACAGGCGAACAGGUUAAUGGAUAAGUUCCUGAUUAGAGAAACUGGUGACUGUGUAUUUGAGUUGUUGGGAAAAGAAAAUGAGAGGAAAUUCAGCCCUCAAAAAGAGCUAAGCACCUCUGCUGAGAUUAAAGAGACAAGUCUCCUAGGAAAGCCGGUACUGGGGCUCUCGGAUGCUAAUGGUCCUGUGACUCCCUCUACAUCCACUAUGAAACUGGAUACUAAAGUGUCUUGUCCUGUUUGUGGGGUCAGCAUUCCAGAAAAUCAUAUCAAUAAGCAUUUAGACAGUUGUUUAUCACGUGAAGAGAAGAAGGAGAGCCUGCGAAGUUCUGCUCACAAAAGGAAGCCGUUGCCCAAAACUGUAUAUAACUUGCUCUCUGAUCGUGAUUUAAAGAAAAAGCUGAAACAGUAUGGCUUAUCUGUUCAAGGAAACAAACAGCAGCUUAUUAAAAGGCAUCAGGAGUUUGUGCACAUGUAUAAUGCCCAGUGCGAUGCUUUGCAUCCUAAAUCAGCUGCUGAAAUCGUCCAAGAAAUUGAAAGCAUGGAGAAGACCAGGAUGCGCCUUGAAGCAAGUAAACUCAAUGAAAAUGUCAUGGUUUUUACAAAGAACCAAACAGAGAAGGAAAUUGAGGAAGUUCACAGUGAAUAUCAUGCUGGCAAACAGGUAGCACAGGGCUGUGUGAGCGAAAACAAGAUGAGAAGCACCAUAGUCUGCUGGCAGUUAUCAGGUAAAAAGCACCAGAAUGCAUUCCAGCUUCUGGUGGAUCAGGCCAAAAAAGGGUAUAAGAAAACUGGCAGAGUUUCACAAGCUGCAGCGAUGAGAACAGAUGAACCUGCAGAGACACUGCCGUCGAUGAGAACAGAUGAACCUGCAGAGACACUGCCGUCGAUGAGAACAGAUGAACCUGCAGAGACACUGCCGUUGAUGAGAGCAGAUGAACCUGCAGAAACACUGCCGUCUGAGUGUAUCGCACAAGAAGAUAAUGUGAGCUUCUCAGAUACUGUCUCAGUAACAAACCACUUUCCUCAGCCCCAGCUGGACUCGCCAGGCCCGUCGGAGCCUGAGAGGCCGGAUGAUUCUUCUAGUUGUACUGAUAUUCUUUUCUCCUCGGACUCAGACUCAUGCAAUAGUUCCAGUUCAGACAUCAUAAGAGAUCUUCUGGAAGAAGAGGAAGCCUGGGAAGCGGCUCACAAAAAUGAUCAAAACAGAGAAGUCAGCCCACAACAGACUCGCCGCACUAGAGCCAGUGAAUGUGUUGAGAUUGAACCAAGAAACAAGCGGAAUAAGAAUUAGUAUGGGCUUUGUGCCAGCUUUCCGUACAGUGACCUGAAUAUGAUAUUGUUAUUGCCAUGUAUGGCUUCAUAUUUAACAAUAUCCAAGGAAGACUUUUAAGUCUAAAUGUAAUAGUUAAUUUAUUUUCAUGCUUCUUUGCCUUCCUGAACAACAACAAAACAAACACACACACACACACACACACAAACAAAAACCAAAAACAAACAAACAAAAAAACGUGAAAUGUUCUGAAAUGACUCUUCUUAGUCAGUUGGUUCCUUCCUUUCCUUUGAGACAUUUCUCCCCUAAAAUCAUACUCACCAGCUUUGCACAGAGUAUACAUUUCUUAGCGGGAGCGUUUUCCUUGGUUUGACUUCUCUAUUUCAGGAUGUUUUUAAGUCAUUUUUUAUUUUUUCCACUGGGGACCAAACCUCAGAAGCAGCUUUUCAUCCUCUUGACAGUUGCAAGCCUGCCGCUGAGAGUGUGCAUGCUCUUGUCCUAACCACACACCCUUGGUGGGAGCGCCUGCUGCCAGGCCACCGCAGUUACUGCUUAGUACCCAAGUUGACUGUGUUUGUUAGACACACCUGUGUUUACUUAUAGACUAGGUUUAUAAUGGGGCGGGGUAGGGGUCAUUUUAUGGUGUUUGAAAGCUGGGGAAGUAGGGAUGUCAGUGCUGUGCUUUAAGGGCGCAGUCUCAAUGACUGAAGCAUAUGUAUGUCCUUCUGAAGUGGCACUUAAAGUUAUCACUCUUAGUGUUCUUCCACUGGGGUCAGGCAGAUCUCUAACACUUUGAAUCCCAGCUGUUAAACAAACAAACAAAAAAGUGACAUAAAUGUUAUUUAUCAAUGAAUAUGCAAUGUGUAAUGUCUUUGAAACAGUGGCUUGUGAGUAUUUGAAUAGAGCCUACAAAAUUUUAUAUUGCAUUUGUCAUAAAAUUUGUUUCUGUGUGAAAAAUGCCUUUAUUUCCCAGUU